UCCAGAGCGCAGCACCGACUUCCGCCCGGGUCGGCCGCGUGUGCCGGUGCUUCCGGCCGGCCGCGGGUCCCCGCCGAGGCCAUGGGGAAAGUGCGGGGGCUGCGGGCCCGGGUUCACCAGGCUGCCGUGAGGCCCGCGGGGGAGGCCGCGGUCGGCCCCGCGCCCCCGGCCCGAGAGGCCGCCCCUCCGCAGGCCUCGGCCGCUGGAGUUGGGGGAAAGGAGUGGGCUUUCGUGAACACUAACGUCUUUGCCAGGACCAAGAUCGACCCCAGUGCCUUGGUGCAGAAGCUGGACCUGGACACAAGGAGUGUUACUUCCGUCCGGAGAGGCACGGAGGCGAAGGCUGUCCUGCCCAAGAAGGAGAAACUGAAGCUGAGACGGGAGCGGUGGCUGCAGAAAAUCGAGGCCCUAAAGCUGGCGGAGCAGGAGCGCAGGGCGCAGCAGCGGCGGAAGGCCACGGUGGUGGUGGGGGACCUGCAGCCCCUGAGGGACGCCCUCCCCGAGCUGCUGGAGUUGGAGGCUGGCGGCCGGCGGCAGCACACCAGAGGGGCAGGCAGCAGGCCCCGACCGGCUGAGCUGAGCCGGAUGAGCGCCGCGCAGAGGCUCCAGCUCCUACGGUGCAGUGGCUCCGGGGCCCACGUGUGACCAUGCAGAAGUCCCAGGGCAGCCACUUCCCUCCUGCCCAAAGCUCCCGCUCGGCUCUCGAACCUCCCUCGGCCUGACCCAGCAGAGCUGCGCCCCUUCUGCUGCGUGAGAAGCCCCGGGCGGAGUUCACAGCCCUGGCCGCCUUCCUCACUCCCCCGCUGUCCCCUCCUUGGACCAGCCUUCAUGAGUGUCCAUGCAGGGCGCCCCCCUACCCCUCCCUGUGGUGACCCUUAGGCCUCAGGUGCUCUGUCCCAUGAGAACCCCUGUCCUGUUGUGUCCACUCCAGUGUCCAGCCUGCCCUGAGGUGUAGGUCCUGGGGAUGCUGCCUGCUCACCCCCGGCCCCGCUGAGGAGUGUGGGCUGUGCUGACCUCUGAUCUGCAUUC